GCAUCACGUGGCCGGCGGGAAGCUGGAAGCGGCCGGCGCGGCAUGGGCGAGUCGAUCCCGCUGGGCGCCCCGGUGCCGCUGGAGCAGGCCGUGCUGGAGACGUUCUUCUCCCACCUGGGCAUCUUCUCGUACGACAAGGCCAAGGACAAUGUGGAGAAGGAGCGGGAGGCCAACAAGAGCGCGGGAGCCAGCUGGCUCUCCCUGCUGGCCGGGCUGGCGCACCUGGCCGCCGCCGAGAAGGCCUAUCACAGCAUGACCUUCCUGGGCCAGAAGCUAGGUGGUCAGUCAUUCUUCAGCCGAAAGGACUCCAUCCGAACCAUCUACACAUCUCUGCACAAUGAGCUGAAGAAGGUGGUGGCGACGGGUCGCAAUGCACUAGGAGGAACAGCUCCUCACUUGGAAGAGCUGCUUUCUCACCUGUCUGAACAGCUCUGUUUUUUUGUUCAGGCUCGGAUGGAAAUUGCUGACUUCUAUGAAAAAAUGUUCACCCUCAGCACCCAAAAGUUCAUUAACUCUGAGGAACUCGUAAACAUUUUGGAAUCCAUCCUAAAGAAAUACAGCUCAAGAUUUCACCAUCCAAUCCUCAGUCCUCUUGAAAGCAGCUUCCAGCUGGAAGUGGAUGUGCUUGCACAUCUUUUAAAGGCUCAGGCUCAGAUCUCAGAGUGGAAGUUUCUCCCAUCCCUAGUCAACUUGCACAGUGCUCAUACAAAGCUGCAGACGUGGGGCCAAAUUUUUGAGAAACAGCGAGAGACCAAGAAACAUCUGUUUGGAGGGCAGUCUCAGAAGGCCGUACAACCGCCACACCUUUUCCUCUGGCUGCUGAAACUCAAAAACAUUCUCCUUGCCAAGUUUAGUUUUUACUUUCAUGAGGCCCUCAGUCGACAAACAACUGCAUCCGAAAUGAAAACGUUGACUGCUAAAACUAACCCUGAUUAUUUUGGGAAAAUUUCCAGCUUCAUCAGGAAAUAUGAUGCGGUUAAUGUUUCUCUUAUCUUUGACAACCGUGGGUCAGAGAGCUUCCAGGGACAUGGCUACCAUCAUCCCCACUCUUACAGGGAAGCCCCAAAGGGGGUGGAUCAGUACCCAGCUGUGGUCUCUCUGCCCAGUGACAGGCCUGUAAUGCACUGGCCCAAUGUAAUCAUGAUUAUGACUGACAGAACCGCUGACCUCAACAGUUUGGACAAGGUUGUUCACUUCUAUGAUGACAAAGUCCAAAGCACGUACUUUCUGACACGCCCUGAACCUCAUUUUACCAUUGUAGUUAUUUUUGAGGCUAAGAAAUCAGAGAGGGACUCGCAUUUCAUCUCUUUUCUCAAUGAAAUCUCACAUUCCCUCAAGAACUCCAAAGCUUUUGCAGGCCUAAAGCCAGGAUCCAAAGGAUAAAAUAAAUAUUGAGUUGCAGAUUGCAAGGCCAUACAUUAGACUGGAAAAAAUAAAUAUUCUCGCUUUCAAGGAGUACAUUCAUUCACAAUUCUCAGAGUUUGUUUAAAAAGGAAGCGUUAUUUUAAUAUUUGUUGUGAAUGCUUUUUUAGCUAAUGAAAACACUUGAAUAAAAAUAUAGAAAGAA